AAACCUCAAGCUAGGGCUAGUUUAGCUGAGUCAAAAAAAGUGAGUCUAGUUCAUAUUUGAAUUUCGUUACGAUCGGUUAGACUUGGAAAGUCGGCUUAGAGCUAUAGGAGACAGUGCUAGUGGUGGAAGCAAGUGAUCUUGAUUGGCUAAGUUGAAUUGGAGAUAGAUUUUUCGGGAAUAUUUUUGGAACAGUGAAUUUAAGACUAUUUUGGAAACGCUACUUUUGGACGUUAUUAGAUACUUUUUGGUGAAAUGAGUGUCCUUCAAGGGUCGGUGCUUUUUUUGAGCGUAUUCCUACUCGAGUUUGCCUCGUGCUCGCGAAUUUUGGCAGUUUUCCCCAUACCAUUUCGGGAUCAUCAAACGGUUUUCCGGCCUCUAAUUGAAGAUCUAGCGAAACGAGGUCAUGAACUGACAGUCUUGACCACAGAUCCAACAAGCUUUUCCUUCGCAAAUGAUGAUCGUAUUGACCUUAUUGACCUCAGUUUUGCACAUAACUUGAAAGUUUUGGAGAAACUACAAGAGUACUCAGGCAGUGGUUUGGAUGUUAUUCGCAAUGUAUUUCACGUUACUCGAAAUGUGGCCGAAGCUGAACUGAAAUCACCACAAGUUCAAGAACUUCUUAGAGAUAGUUCGCGAACCUUCGAUGCCGUGCUGAUUGAUUGGUCGGGUCCGUCGCUGAUGAAUGCGUUCGCAUGGAAGUUCCAGGUGCCGCUGAUUGGAAUCACACCUGGAGGCGCGCUCACUACGUCACACGAGGCCAUGGGCAACCCCAAUCAUCCAACCUGUUUUCCCAGCAUACUGUUGCCGUUUAGUGACAAUUUGAGCCUCUUCCAGAGGAUCGCGAGCGCUUUCUUUUCACUUAAAUACAGAUAUCUCUACUUCAGCGAGGAACUACCAACACAAAAUGAAAUAGCCAAAGAUUAUUUUGGCCGGGAUGUGCCAGAUCUUUGGGAUAUAGAAAGCAAUGCUGACCUACUUUUGAUAAAUACGUACGAGGCGCUGGGUAACUCCCGUCCUGUUGGUCGUACUACAAUUUUCUUGGGUGGUAUUCAUGCCACGUCUGAGCGAAAAACUUUGCCACACGACCUUAAGCACUUUAUGGAUGAAUCAUAUUCGGGGAUCGUUUAUGUAAAUUUAGAUAGUGCCACGUUGAAGGCAUUCGUCGAAACUGAACGUCUGGAAAAAUUCGUGAAUAUUUUGGAAAAUCUUAAUUUGGAUAUUGUAUGGAAUUUGAAUGAAUUGCCAUUUGAGGUGAAUAUGACGAGGAGGUUAUACCAGAGCGCGGUCAUCCCACAAGAGGAUGUAUUAGCUCAUCCAAACACCCGUCUCUUCAUCACAACUGGAUCACAAAGGGACAUUGAAGACGCCAUCCACCAUACUGUUCCCGUUCUAGGCUUUUCAUUUUCCAGCACUCUGGAACAUUAUUUGUUACAAAUUGAAAAACAUAACGCCGGAAUUGUAUCGCAUUUUGACUUGGAAUCGAGUAUCACGAUACUAUCAAAAAUGGAAGAAAUUGCACAAAAUGAUAUGUACAAACUGAACAUGCUGCGUCUGAAUCAACUCGUGACCGACGCACCCCAGACACCUCGCGAUCGUGCCGUUUGGUGGAUUGAGUAUGUGAUGCGGCACCGCGGCACCAAUCACCUGAGGAGUCCGUGGGACAAGCUCUCGUGGUUCCAGUAUUUGCUGAUGGACGUGAUGCUUUCAAUCGUGCUGGCGACGCUUUCAGUGAUCACAACGAUCGUCGUCAUCGUAGUCAAGAUCCGAAGAUAUUCGAAAAGUUUGCCAGUGGAGCUCGUCACCAGACGGGCCAAGAUGAAGCUCCAAUGAGGGGAGUCGACAGAGCCGCAUUUAGACCUGAUAGUCAUAGAUAAUUUUUGUAAAUUGUUUUAAAUCUUUUUUUUUUUAAUUUACGACUCAGAGUCAUGUUAUGAGGCAGGCAUUGUUGUAUUUUGCCAGUGUAGCGCUGUAAACUAUUUAAUGUAAUUUAUAUUAAUUAGCCUAAGAGGUUGAUUCGAAUGUGAUAUCGAGCCAUUGAUCUGAUUUUCAUUUAGAUUUAAAACGUAUGACGAAGAUGUGUUCCAAGGACUUCCCAGUCCAUACGCAUACCUACCUAGACAUAUUGAACGCAAACAUAUUCAACUCAAUAAAAACGUAAAAGAACGUACAAAAAACGAGAUGAAUUGUAGUUUUAGUGACGAUAGUAUUAAUUUUUAUGUAAAGGGACUGAAAUUGUUUAUAUGAUAUACAGAUUUGAUUAUA